GAAAAUUCUUCACAUUGUGGUGGUCAAAAGUAUCGUUCAUAGUGGAUUAUAGGUUCAGUCAAAUAUUUGAGUCAACAUACAUAUGGUAUUAAUACUGAAUGAUAGAAACGAAUUUUGUAGAUGAAGAAUUCGCGGUUUCCCCCUAGCAAUUUUGUGUGUGUGUGUUCAUUUUUUCUUUAAAUAUUAUUGCUUGUACUGAGAAUGAAACGAUUUUAUUACAAAAUAUUUGCAUGAAUACAAAGACCAUCCAAAUGAUCCCAAUAGAAAAAUGGUAACUACAUGUACCGCAUUUAUUCUGUCGAAAACGGAAAUCAUCACGAAUGCCCAUUGCGUGUAUGACGCCCCAUAUGUUCAUGUGGUAGCUGGUACGAAAGUUGUAUCAGAUGCAAAUCAGAAAAUUAAAAUCAAAGUGGAAAAAGAGAACUUUGCAUAUCAUCCUCAUUAUAGUCAUUCAGGAAUAGUCGGUCCAUUUGAUAUUGCCAAAUUAACACUAGAAGAGCCGUUAGAAUUCAGCGAUACCGUUGGCAGUAUCAAACUCGUGGACAAGGAUUAUAAAUUGAAUGAUCCAUCAGAAGUGGUCACUGUCUAUGGGUAUGGCGCGUUGAAUUUACCAAUGAUAUUGAGGCGUUGCGAUGCGAACUAUAUAUCUAUUGUCGAACGGGCCAUCACAUUCAACGCAGAUCAGACUUUGUACUUUACCACUGGCGAAGCUACGAACGAUGGCGAAAUUAUUACACAUGGUGAUUCGGGUGGACCAGUCGUUUCAAAAACAAAUGGCAAAAUCGUGGGCAUAACUACGGGUAUAAAUGGAACAACAGGUGGCCGCGGAAUGUUCCUCCCAAUUGCAUCAUUCCUUGAUUUUAUCCAUGAUCCAAAGAGCGUGAAACCAAUUCCACCUUCGCUUACACCUAACGAAGCUAAAUUUAUAGCCGAUAUAGCGGUACCUGGAAAAUUUCUUACUGUCACCAAGGAAGCAUAUGCCAAUGCCGACGAAGAUGUUCAAAUACAAUUUGAUGCAAUCAUUUUGUCGGAAACCGAGAUUUUGACCUGUGCACAUCAUGUGCACGGCGCCCCAUAUGUCUAUGUAACCGUUAAUAAACUAUCAAGAAAUGCGACAGAACUUAAAGUCACUGAAGACCAGAUAGAAAUUCAUGAGAAAUACGACUUGUCGGGAUGGACAUUUGACGUUGCCAAGAUUACACUUAAAGAACCGUUGGAGUUCAAUGAGAACGUUGGCAGCAUCGAUUUGGUGGACAAACAUUACAAAUUGAAUGACCCGUCCGAAGUAGUCUCUGUCUAUGGUGAUAUGAUAUUGGAUGGAGCAGAGAGAACGAGACGUUAUGAUACAAAGUAUUUGAAUGGCGCCAUUUGCAAACCGAAAGUGCACCCCCUAUUUGAUGCAAAUCAUUUGAUGUGUUACACUUUAGAUGGAAGCAUGGGAACUCCCUCUACGUUUGGAGGACCGAUGAUUUCGAAGAAGAAUAACAAACUCGUGGGCAUGACCAUAAUUCGUUAUCCUGAUCAGCCAGUUAUUUUUCAACCAAUUGCACCGUUGCUCGAUUGGAUCCGGAAGCCAAAGGUUAGACGUAAUCAAAGGAGAAGAAUAUAGACUCGAAAAAAGGGGUUUCAAGCGCCUAAAAAAGCUGAAUACCGUCUCUUUUUUUGCCCCUGUCAUUUGAUGUUCAACAA